UGUUGGUAGACUUGUCUCUACGCACAGCGUUAACGACUAACGUUACAAAAAUAAAAUAUAAGUUAAAAUUAAAUAAAAUAUAUUCGCUAUACUAUGCGAGCGAUAGAAAAAUUGUAUAAGAAGUCAAAAUAAAAGAAAUCAUAAAUCUUUCAUUUAAAAACUAGAAAUUUUCAAUCGAAAUCGGGAAAGCAGCAAAUGUGUAGUGACAACCAUAGUGUUUUUGUGUGAAAAUCUCAAAUCAGCUCAGCUCACUCAUAUUUAAAGCAAGAGUGUAGAUACAAAAGCGAACAGUAAGCAUCGCACAGUGAACGAUUGCAGAUGGAGGACGCAUAGCGCAAAGCUGGCAGCUCGUCGCUACAAGUAGUUAAACCAAAAGCGUGUGAAUAGCAACAUAUGUGUGCUUAAAUGUGAAAUUGCAUUGAACAAUUGGCAGCAAGAGACAAAUUAAAAAAAAAAAAAUUUUUCAUCAACAACAAAAAUUGAAAAAACACAAAUGUCUUGAACUGAAAAAGCGUUAAAGGUUAAAAAAAAAAUUAAAUAAUUUACGCAUACUGCAAAGGUACAAAAACACAAAUGUGUUAGAAGCAAAUUUAAAAACGAAAAUUCUUUAAAACAUAACACUUCCACCUACCGAGCGCUUCCGCGUAGCACGCGAUAAUAACGGUAUUACUAAAACUAUUAAUCACAGAAAAUGACCGAAGUAAUUGAGUUGAACGUCGGCGGUGUACACUACACCACCGUGCUGGACACACUGCUCCAAGAGAAAUCCUCACAUCUACACGAACUCUUCAGUAAUCUAGACGCAUUGGUGAAGGACAACAAAGGACGCUACUUCCUUGACCGUGAUGGCGUACUUUUCCGCUACAUCCUAGACUAUUUGCGCGAUAAGCAACUCAGCCUGCCGGAGGGCUUCCGCGAAAAGCAGCGUCUACAGCGUGAAGCGGAGUAUUUCAAACUCAGCGGCAUGUUGGAGUGUCUACGCAACGGCGGUGAUAUGCGUGCACCCGGCUGCAUCACUAUCGGCUACCGUGGCAGCUUCCAGUUUGGCAAGGAUGGCCUCGCCGAUGUCAAGUUCCGCAAAUUGUCACGCAUUCUCGUCUGUGGGCGUGUGGCGUUGUGCCGCGAAAUCUUCAGCGACACAUUGAAUGAGUCACGCGAUCCCGAUCAUGGUGGUCCCGAUCGGUAUACAUCACGUUUCUUCCUCAAGCAUUGUUUUAUUGAGCAGGCUUUCGAUAUGCUGCACGAACGUGGCUUCCGCAUGGCGGGCAGUUGUGGUUCGGGCACAGCUGGUUCAGUGGCGGAACCGAAACCGGGUGUGGACACAGAGGAGAAUCGAUGGAAUCACUAUAAUGAAUUUGUUUUUGUGCGGGAAUAAGGAGGUGGGUGUUUGAGGUAGCAGAAGCAGCAGCAACAGUCGUCUGUGUGUGAUUUUGUUGUAAAAGUAAAUGUAAGUUAUGUUUGAUUGUGGAAAAUUGACAACGGCGCAACACUUGAUAAUUAGUAUGCUAAGCGUGUGUCCAUAGAAGUUUAAUGUGCAGCGCGAAUGGCAAUGAAAGGGGCUCAGAAAGUCAUAAGAAAAGAGCGUAAAAAAUUUACAAGCAUUUUCUAUUGCCGCAGGCUAAACCAAAUCCACCAGCCAGCAACUAGUUGGCGCGUCCUAAACUCAACUUUGGCAUUCUACGAAGCAACAUGUCAUUGCAUUGAGCUUUUAGCACCGACAAGUGCACGUUUGUAUGUAUGCAUAUAUAUCUACAAAUGUGCGGCUUACAAUAUUUACAGUUAUGUGUGCUAUUUUUUAUUACCACAUGCAACGUGCAACACUUAGCCUGUGGCAACCUGUUUUUACCAUCUUCAUUCGCUUGCUUGAGAAGGUCAAAGCAACUGUAUAUUAUUGCAAGAUGCUUCGUGGAUUUUGUAUAAAAAAAAAAUUUAUGUAAUGAAUGCCAAGAUGCAAUGUAUUUCACGAACACUUAAACCGUUAGGCACGCAGAGGACAUAACUAUUUAUUUUUCUUUUGCGUGAGAAAUAUGUGUGUAAAUCGGCGUAAAUACUUAAGCUAAGUAAAGUUGCGAAAUGAGUGCAUACAUAGAUACAUAUAUACAUACAUACAAAGAGACAUUAUUAUACGCGCUUUUUCCUACUGAUAUUCAUUUUUACGCUCUACCAUGCCUUACCCAACAAGGCAAAGUGUGGGGUAAUUAAAAUAAAAAAUACGAGAAAAAUUCCUACUUAAAACACACAAAACGCUGUAAACUCUCCUAGAGGCAAUUAGCCAAGGAGAUCUGCAUAAGGUGUAGGGCUUGUGCUUAUUGGGCGUAAAGUGUACGCCUUUAAUGACGGAUACUUAUAUAUUUUCCACUAAUCUUGCCUUGCUGAAAUGAUUAGAAUCUGAAUUUCUUUUUAUUUAAUUCUUCAACAGCUUGAAAAGAUAUUGAAGGCUGUCUAAUCAAACCAAGUAGAUUAAUUUGAAAAAAAGUAUCUAUCUUUUGACUUUUAUCAGAAAAAAGUUAAGCUAUUUUUAGCUGGAUAUAUACAUGUAUAAACGAUUGGUUGCCAAGUACCUACUACAAUUUGUGGUUUUGCAUUUUGACAGUUUAAACUGCCGCCUACGAACGGAUGAUGGAUUUUUUUUUACGAGGAGCCUUUAUUUCAUGUCCCAAAUACAGUCGGAGGGUCUGACA